CUUUGCUGCAGUUCAUAAAAGUUAACAAGUAUGUCUCUCGACCUGUCCUUCUCAUGGUUCCCCUGGAGUUUCCCAUUUCUAGAGAUUUCUUCUAUAUUAGUCCUUUCCAUUUCAGAGUUUCCCAUUAUAAAGUUCAGUAUUUUGCAAACCACCUCUUCCAAUAUUUCUCCUUUUAAACUUUCCGGUACCCCUCUUAUCCUUAUAUUUCUCCUUCUUUCUCUAUUCUCUUGAAUUUCCGCCUUGUACUGCAAUUUUUCCUGAGCUUUUUAUAUAUUGAUUAUCUUCUUCUCUAAUUCGGAAAUAAUCUGGGUCUGAUUUUUAACUUUCUGCUCCGUUUCUUCCACUCUUAGCAACAACUGCCCCAUGUCAUUCCGAAUAUUUACCAUUUCUUGCUUUAUUGU